AUGAAGGGGGGUGGGGGUGGGAAGGGGGAAAAGAGCACCCCAGCCGGUGGUAAGGCAAAUCCUUCCUACCGGUGGCAAUGGCUGGCGCUUUGCCCAUCUUGCCCCCACUUUAAGGUAGGAGAGGUGCCCUUCGCCUACCCCCCCCGGCCCCCUCCCCCCCUCGGCCCGGGGAGUCCCGGCUCACAGGCUCGCUUCUCCGUCCCUGUCACAGCCUUCAGGGCAGCAACCCUCAUCCAGAGAUGGUACCGGCGCUAUGCGGCCCGGCUGGAGAUGAGGCGGCAUUGCACCUGGCGCAUCUUCCAGUCGAUAGAGUAUGCGGGACAGCAAGACCAGGUCAAGCUCCAUGACUUCUUCAGCUACCUUGUGGAUCACUUUACCCCCAGCAGCAACCAUGAGCGAGACUUCCUGAACCGCAUGUUCACUGAGAAGACAUUCCCCCAGGACGCUGAGAUGGAGAAACUCAGUGACUAUGAAUCUAUAGCGGUCCCGGACAGCUACACAGGGCCACGUCUCUCCUUCCCACUUCUUCCUGACCACGCGACUGCCCUGGUGGAAGCUUUCAGACUGAAACAACAGCUCCAUGCUCGCUACGUCUUGAAUCUUUUGCAUGAAGCCAGGAAACACCUGGUGCAACUGCCAAACAUCAACCGUGUCUCCACCUGUUACAGCGAGGAGGUCACUGUGUGCGGAGACUUACAUGGCCAGCUGGAUGACUUAAUAUUUAUAUUUUAUAAGAAUGGCCUCCCGUCACCAGAGAAGGCCUACGUCUUCAAUGGUGACUUCGUGGAUCGAGGCAAGGAUUCAGUAGAGAUCCUGAUGGUUCUUUUUGCCUUCAUGUUGGUUUACCCAAAAGAGUUCCAUCUUAACCGAGGAAACCAUGAGGACUAUAUGGUGAACUUACGAUAUGGCUUUACCAAGGAAGUGAUGCAUAAAUAUAAGAUACAUGGCAAGAAAAUACUAAAAAUACUGCAAGAUGUUUUCUGUUGGCUUCCUCUGGCCACUCUGGUUGAUGAGAAAGUCCUGAUUCUUCAUGGCGGAGUGUCAGACAUGACUGACCUGGAGCUUUUGGCUAAACUAGACAGGCACAAGAUCGUCUCCACCCUGAGGCGCCAAACGAGGAAGGAGAACGGGAAACCGGCGACGACGCAGGAGAAGGCCACCCCGCCGAGCUGCGCGGGGCGACCCACCCCGUGGUUUCUGCCCCAGAGCCGCUCUCUCCCCGCUUCGCCCCUGCGCCUGGGCUCCUGCGGGGCGCCCCGCGCCGGCCGCUCCUCCAGCAUCCCCUGCAGCGGCCCGGCCGACGCGGAGGAGCUGGCCCGGCGGGCGCGGCGCUCCGGGGACCUGGAGCUGGACAGGGGCCGGCUGCAGGCAGGCUUCCCGGGGAGCCGGGCGCAGGGGGAGCCGCUGCUCGUCACGCCAGAAGCCGACUCGGACGCCGACGAGCCGCCCGAGCCCACUCCGGAGGAGUGGAAGCAGGUGGUCGAUAUCCUGUGGAGUGAUCCCAUGGCCCAGGAGGGUUGCAAGGCUAACACCGUUCGAGGAGGAGGCUGUUAUUUUGGACCUAAUGUGACAGAACAGUUGCUACAGAAAUACAACCUGCAGUUCCUGAUCCGCUCCCAUGAGUGCAAACCUGAGGGCUACGAGUUCUGCCACAGCCGCAAGGUGUUAACCAUCUUUUCUGCCUCCAACUACUAUGAAGUUGGCAGUAACAGAGGUGCCUACGUCAAGCUGGGGCCGGCCUUGACUCCAUACAUCGUGCAAUAUCAAGCUAACAAGGCAACCCACAUGCUGACUAUGAGGCAAAGGAUUAGCAGAGUAGAGGAGUCAGCUCUGAGAUCUCUGCGGGAAAAGUUAUUUGCUCAUUCCUCCCAUCUUCUUGGUGAAUUUAAGAAGCAUGAUGCAGAUAAGACCGACAGCAAGAAGUAUGUUGGGACAAAAAAGUCUGCACUGCAGGACACUGGACUUAUAAGUGACAAGCCAACAAAUCAUCUCGUUGCUGUAGGUUUCAUCUCCCUUAGUGACUGGGCAGAAGCCGUGGAGUCUGUGCUGCGUCUAGGACUCCCCUGGCGGAUGCUGAGGCCACAGCUGAACAUACAGUCAAGUUUGCUGGAAACACUGUAUCGGAACCGAUCCAACCUGGAGACCAUCUUUAGGAUCAUAGACAGUGAUCAUUCAGGGUUCAUCUCACUGGACGAGUUCAGGCAGACCUGGAAGCUGUUCAGCUCUCAUAUGAACAUUGACAUUACAGAUGACUGCAUCUGUGACCUUGCCCGGAGCAUUGACUUCAACAAGGAUGGCCACAUCGACAUCAAUGAGUUCCUGGAGGCCUUCCGCCUUGUGGAGCAAUCCUGCACAGAGGGCGAUGCCUCAGAUUGCCCCCAAGCCACAAACACUAACGACAGUGGCUGCAGCAAGCCCGGCACACCCUAAGAGCAGCCUGGUGUCCGGUUCCCAUGGUGCCUCAUAGCCAAGACUGAGCUUGUCCCUGGAAUAGCUCCCUUAUUCUCCAGAGGUUUGUGGAAUUUUAGGCUGAGAAAUUGCCUACCAGUGUGCGUCAGAAUCAGCUCUUUGGGUGUGUUUGUGUGUUUGUGUGUGUGUGUGUGUGUGUUUAAAUAUGUAGGUACCCCAUCCCCAUCUCAGAAGUUUCACAGGGUAAGAUCCAGGUAUAAAUAUUUUAAAUUCUCAAGUGUACCCCAGUUAAGAACCACUGAUAAUUCAAUCCCCUCAUUGUUUUCAUUUCAUACAUUUUAAUUAUUAUGGGUUUUUUUUAAGAUUUUAUUUAUUUGACAGAGGCAGCAAGAGAGGGAACACAAGCAAGGGGAGUGGGAGAGGGAGAAGCAGGCUUUGACGCAGAGCAGGGAGCCCGAUGCGGGGCUCGAUCCCAGGACCCUAGGAUCAUGACCUGAGCUGAAGGAAGAUGCUUAAUGACUGAGCCACCCAGGCGCCCCUUAAUUAUUGUUUUUAAAAAAUCUUAUUGAUAAAGGAAAGUUAUGAAAAAUUGUGCAAUCCCAUGACCCAAACAUGGAUUCUUUUCAUUAUUUACUUUUUCUUGUUAUAACUAUAGUUUUUAUAUAAUUUAAUGUUCUGCUUUUUUAAAAAAUAAAAUCACAUCUACUUGUAAA